AUGGACCGCAGGCCUAAAUGUAGAACCCAGAGCUGUGGAAGCCUAGAUGGUAGCAUGAAGAAAACCCACGUGACGUGGCGUGACGUGGGGAAGCACGCUGACCGCACGCGCCUGCGGGCUGUUCUUUCUCCACAGUACACCUUUUGGAACUUCAUACCCAAGAACCUGUUCGAACAGUUCAGAAGAAUAGCCAACUUUUAUUUCCUUAUCAUAUUUCUGGUACAGUUGAUUAUCGACACCCCCACGAGCCCAGUGACGAGCGGGCUCCCGCUGUUCUUUGUCAUCACGGUCACGGCCAUCAAACAGGGCUAUGAGGACUGGCUGCGCCACAAGGCCGACAGCGCCAUGAACCAGUGUCCGGUGCACUUCAUCCAGCACGGCAAGCUGGUCCGCAAGCAGAGCCGGAAGCUGAGGGUGGGGGACAUCGUCAUGGUCAAGGAGGAUGAGACCUUCCCCUGUGACUUGAUCUUCCUCUCCAGCAGCCGCGGAGAUGGGACCUGCCACGUGACCACCGCCAGCCUGGACGGGGAGUCCAGCCACAAGACUCACUAUGCCGUUCAGGACACCAAGGGGUUUCACACUGAAGAAGACGUCGACGGCUUGCACGCCACCAUCGAGUGUGAGCAGCCUCAGCCUGACCUGUACAAGUUCGUGGGCCGCAUCAACAUCUACAGCGCUCGGAACGAGCCGGUGGUGAGGCCGCUGGGGUCGGAGAACCUGCUUCUCAGAGGGGCCACGCUCAAGAACACCGAGAAGAUCUUCGGUGUCGCCAUCUACACGGGCAUGGAGACCAAGAUGGCGCUGAACUACCAAUCAAAAUCCCAGAAACGGUCCGCUGUGGAAAAGUCCAUGAACGUCUUCCUCAUCGUCUACCUCUGCAUCCUGAUCAGCAAGGCGCUGAUCAACACCGUCCUCAAGUACGUGUGGCAGAGCGAGCCUUUCCGGGAUGAGCCGUGGUACAGCCACAAGACCGAGGCGGAAAGACAGAGGAGCCUGUUUCUCAGGGCGUUCACGGACUUCCUGGCGUUCAUGGUUCUCUUCAACUACAUCAUCCCCGUGUCCAUGUACGUCACGGUGGAGAUGCAGAAGUUCCUGGGCUCCUACUUCAUCACCUGGGACCAGGAGAUGUUCGAUGAGGACUCCGGCGAGGGGCCUCUGGUCAACACCUCGGACCUGAACGAGGAGCUGGGGCAGGUGGAGUACGUGUUCACGGACAAGACCGGCACGCUCACCGAGAACAACAUGGAGUUCAAGGAAUGCUGCGUUGAGGGCCACGUGCACGUGCCGCACGCCGUCUGCAAUGGGCAGGUGCUCCCCGACGCCGCCGGCAUCGACAUGAUCGACUCCUCCCCGGGCGCCGGCGCCAGGGAGCGAGAAGAGCUGUUCUUCCGGGCCCUGUGCCUGUGCCACACCAUCCAGGUGAAGGAUGACGAUGACGUGGACGGACCCAGGAAGUCACCUGACUCGGGGAAGUCCUGCGUGUACAUCUCGUCCUCUCCUGACGAGGUGGCCCUGGUGGAAGGAAUCCAGAGACUCGGCUUCACGUACCUGCGGCUGAAGGACAAGCACAUGGAGCUGCUGAACCGGGAGAACAGCGUGGAGAGGUUUGAAUUGCUGGAAAUUUUGAGUUUUGACUCCGUAAGAAGGAGAAUGAGUGUGAUCGUCAGAUCUUUCACAGGAGAAAUCUAUCUCUUUUGCAAAGGAGCAGAUUCUUCGAUAUUUCCCCGAGUGAUAGAAGGCAAAGUCGACCAGAUCCGGGCCCGAGUGGAGCGCAACGCGGUGGAGGGGCUUCGGACACUGUGCGUGGCCUACAAAAGGCUCCUCCCCGAAGAGUACGAGGGCAUCUGCGCGCUGCUGCAGGCCGCGAAGGUGGCGCUCCAGGACCGGGAGAAGAAGCUGGCGGAGGCCUACGAGCAAAUAGAGAGAGACCUCAUUCUGCUCGGGGCCACGGCUGUCGAGGACAGGCUCCAGGAGAAGGCCGCCGACACCAUCGAGGCCCUGCAGAAGGCGGGGAUCAAAGUCUGGGUCCUCACCGGCGACAAGAUGGAGACGGCGGCCGCCACGUGCUACGCCUGCAAGCUCUUCAGGAGGGGCACGCAGCUGCUGGAGCUCACCACCAAGAGGAUCGAGGAGCAGAGUCUCCACGACGUCCUCUUCGGGCUGAGCAAGACCGUCCUGCGCCACAGCGGGAGCCUGACCAGGGACAGCUUCUCAGGACUCUCGGCGGACAUGCAGGACUACGGUCUCAUCAUCGACGGGGCCGCGCUGUCCCUGAUCAUGAAGCCCAGGGAGGACGGGAGCUGUGGGAACUACCGGGAGCUCUUCCUGGAGAUCUGCCGGAACUGCAGCGCCGUGCUCUGCUGCCGCAUGGCGCCCCUGCAGAAGGCCCAGAUUGUUAAACUAAUCAAACUUUCAAAAGAGCACCCCAUCACUUUAGCCAUCGGAGACGGGGCCAAUGACGUCAGCAUGAUCCUGGAGGCCCACGUGGGCAUAGGCGUGGUUGGGAAGGAGGGCCGCCAGGCCGCAAGGAACAGUGACUUCGCCAUCCCGAAGUUCAAGCACUUGCAGAAGAUGCUGCUCGUUCACGGGCAUUUUUAUUACAUCAGAAUCUCCGAGCUCGUGCAGUACUUCUUCUACAAGAACGUCUGCUUCAUCUUCCCCCAGUUUUUAUACCAGUUCUUCUGUGGGUUUUCACAACAGACCCUGUAUGACACUGCCUACCUGACCCUGUACAACAUCAGCUUCACGUCCCUCCCGAUUCUCCUGUACAGCCUCAUGGAGCAGCACGUCAGCGUGGACGCGCUCCGGAGAGAGCCUUCCCUGUACAGGGACAUCGCCAAGAACGCGCUCCUCCGCUGGCGUGCGUUCAUUUACUGGACCUUCCUGGGAGUGUUCGACGCCCUGGUGUUUUUCUUUGGUGCUUACUUCAUGUUUGAAAACACAACGGUGACCAGCAACGGGCAGAUAAUGACCACCAGCACACACAUGAUAUUUGGAAACUGGACCUUUGGGACGCUGGUGUUCACCGUGAUGGUGUUUACGGUAACACUGAAGCUGGCACUGGACACGCACUACUGGACGUGGAUAAACCACUUUGUGAUCUGGGGCUCGCUGCUGUUCUACGUCGUCUUCUCCCUCCUCUGGGGAGGGAUUAUCUGGCCCUUCCUCAGUUAUCAGAGGAUGUACUUUGUGUUCAUCCAGAUGUUGUCCAGCGGCCCCGCCUGGCUGGUCAUCAUCUUACUCAUCACCGUCAGCCUCCUUCCCGACGUUCUCAAGAAAGUCCUGUGCAGGCAGCUGUGGCCCACCGCCACCGAGAAGGUCCAGAGCACACGCGUGCGCGGCCACGGCCGCCUCCCGGAACUCACCCUCCUGGCCUGUCGGCAGGACCCCAGCCCCUGGGCCGCGUGGCCAGCCCCACACGCAAAACCGGCGCCGCUGCCGUGGCCUCCCCCCUCCGGUCUCCUGCACAGCCAUCCUGGCCCUGCGCCCCGUGGGGGGGCCGCUGACGGACAGGCCGCCAGCCCAGACCGCUGAGGGCCACACGUGUGAGCCUCUCCCCACCCCUGAAGGAGGCACCGGGGCUGUGGGACUUGAGUGGAGCUUGUGGCCUAGCGGCCUCACUCUGCCUCGGUCG